AGACCAUAGACGGGUUCGGACUCGGAGGCUUUUAAAAGCGCUCAGUAGACACUCUCACGCCGAAAGAAGGGACCCCUCACAAUGCGUCAGCUGACUACAGAGGAUCUGAAGACCCUGGAAGUAGACCUUAAAAACUACUUUCCACAGUCGCUGCAGGUAUAUGGAUGUAUUGUUCAACUCAACAGAAGGAGAGCUGAUCCUGUUAGUGUGUUUGUUGACCUGUGGCCGGACUUCAGAGUUUUACUCAUUAAACCAGAAAUUCGUGAGACAGGAGACCAUUUCAAAGACUUGACUGUGUUUUCAAAAAACGAUGUCUGCCUCAGAGACCUGCUGCUGGCACAAACAGAUGUCAUUGACUGGAAAAUGUAUAUUUGCUUAGCCACUGAGCUUCAUCAUGAAAAGAUGCUGGAAUUCGUGGCUAUAAACAGAGGUGUACCCAUGAAGAAAGAAGCAGUGUGCCUGGAAAUGGUUCUUCGAGAGCCAUCAAAAUGUUCACAAAUUGAUAGGAUUGCAAGUGUGACCCCUGAAGGCAGGCUCACACUCACACUACAGGACUUUUGGCUGGAUUUUGAUGUCGCAGACAGAUUUCCGAGUGUAUCACUGAAGCUGUCUUCUCUCAAUGAGUCUCAUCUUGCACUAGUCAACAGUAGCUGGAAAUUUGGCUGUGAACACAGCAAAGUAAUGAUUAAGAAUAUGAUUUUGAACUUUCCCUCUUGUUGUGUCUUGGACGCAGAUGAUCAACCAGUAGCAUGGAUAUUAACGUAUCCCUCCUGUGCUCUGGGAAUGUUGUACACUGUUCCAGAACACAGAGGAAAAGGCUAUGCAAAAGCACUGGUCACCAUUAUGUCAAAAAGACUCCACUCUCAAGGCUGUCCAGUGUACUGUUUUAUAGAGGAGAAGAACCAGUUAUCCUACAGGCUCUUUACAAGCCUGGGUUUCACAGAGGAACCGGAUUACAGGGCAGCCUGGUUUGGAUUUAAUGAUUUUUAAUUGGGCCAUAUCAGAACAACCAAACAGAAUGGUUUAGCUUCUGUCUGAAAUGCUAUGUAUUAUGUAAAAGCUGUUUUCUGAUUUAAUGUAGUACAACUUCCACAAGGCACCAUCAACAACCAAACAAUUGAUUUAUUUAAAUAAGGAUUCAUUCCAUCAAUAAAAUGUGUACAACACAA